UUCCAUAAUGUAUUUUACACCAGAAUAAGUCUCGUUAUGUAUAUCUUAGCAUUAAAAUAUUAGAAAUAUAUGGCGGAUGGAUUACAUCGGUAUAAUGAAAUAACAUGAUUAAAGUUAAUAAUAAAACAUCUAAAAAUGAUGUUCUGUGUAUGGUUUUUAACGUUGCUACCGACGGUGUUUGGGUUUCCCCCAAAAUCCACCUGUGUGCGGGAAGUUCCGGAGUUUCAGUAUCCGUGUUACGUGGAUGUGUGCACGUUUCCGAGCCAGUAUUGCAACCAAGGGGAGCGUCGCUGCAGCCAAUGCACAAGAUACGUGUGCCAACAGGACAGGCUGCCACUUGCCUGUAAAUACACGUGCUUGAAAUAUGACUUGGUGCCUUCUUCCAUGCAGAACGCUGGAGUCACAUCAGCUUCGACAAAAGAAAUGGAAGGUACGCCUGUCCACUGGCUGAUGAUUUACAGCGCCAUUGCCUUGACCGUGUUAGUUUCCAUACUAUUAGUUAUUCUAAUAGUGUACUGCCAGAAGAAUAGAAACAGAAUGUCAUUCAAACCGCCAAGUAAUGUGGACGUUGUUGAACGUGCAAAUCGAACAAUAAACUUUAUUGAAGACCAGCAGCGAAUGCGGUUACUUGGGCCUAGAAAUAGGGAUACCCCAGAUAUCGAAGAAUUGGCUAUUGGAGGUCAUAUAUCAGAACAUGCAACAAACAUAACAUUACCCAAAAGAAGGAUACAUUCUACGACCAACGGCUAUCCAGUUACAGCUCCAAAUGAAAGUGUUUCAAAUGCGAGUAACGAUCAAACAAUCUUAAAGAAACGCGUUAACACUAGUACGUGUACAGCACAAACACUUGAAACAAAUCUAUUUAAUUCUGCGGCUGUUGAACCGUCUGUGACUCAUAUGUUUGAAACGGAACCUGGCAUUCAUGGCACACAUUCAUUGCUUGGUACUAGUAGCAGACAAAGAUUUACAAGUGAGGAAGAUGACACCGGUAUCGAUGUUAUGGAAGCUAGAUUAUUAGUAGAAGUUCACAAAGACGGUAACCGUGCAGAAGACUAAAGACUUCAGAUGUUUGCAUUUAAGAGCAUCAGUUAAAAAAAUAUUUGUUAACGGAGUUUUAGAAAUGUUGGUGACAUUAAAAAAUCGGUAUUUGAAGUAAAAUAAUUUAAUUUUUUAUUUAUUUAUUUUUUUUUUGGGGGGGGGAGGUUGUACAGCCCUUUUCUGCAUGUUCCGUUUUUUUUUUCAUUUGUAAAAAGUACACAUUGCACCUAAUGUAUGAUAUUUUCUUCAUGAUUUAAAACAGUAUUGCCUUUCAAGUUUAUGGUUAAAAAUGUAGCAUACAAUAUGAAAAUUAACUGACUCUUCAAAUGCCAGUGUGUCAUAUUCUAAAUACCCUUCAUCUAUCGAAAAUGACAUAUACUAAGACAAAUUUCAAAUAAUUGUUGGAUAUAUUUUUUUUAACUAAUUAUUUAUGUAAUUUUACCCUUUUACAAAGGUCAACAGUAAUUUAUUUUAGAGCUCAUUUAAGUCACAAUUUGCAAUUUUACAUGCUUGUAACUACGUAUAUUGUGUGUACAUGUAUUCUUGUUAUUUGUAUUAAAUAAGGCUUUCUUAAAUCCGAUACAUAACAAAGCGUUAUUUUUUUACGGGAAUUAAAUUGACAACAUCUAUCAAAUAAAGCGUUAAGUCGUUUCCAAAAUGACGUUAUUUAAGAGUUUUGUUCUACUGUGAAGUUCACAAACUUACGUUUAAUACAAUUGUUAAUUGUUCAUAAAUUGAAUGUGUUGUGCGUUCUAAUAUCUUGACAUUGUUAAGAACAUGAAUAAUUAUCAUUUCUUGUUGUUAUGUGGAUUGUAACACACUGGGCAUAUGUAAUAACGCACCACGUCCUAAACAGUCUUGCAAUUCUGAUUAGUUAUUUCGCAUUGUGAGAGAAAAAAUAUCACCUUUACACCCAAUAAGUUUUCAUGAUAUAUUUUGGAAUAUAACUUUAGGAAUAAAUGUUUAUGAGAGA